CGGGGAAAUGCAUCCUGAAUGGGGCUGAGCCCCCCUGCACGGGAAUAUGCAGCGUCGGCUCCGCGGGAGCAGCACUGGGGCAGCGGCCGGCGGCCGGCGGUAUGGUGGCAACCUUCAAGAUCGCCGUGCUGGGAGCCCAGGGCGUGGGCAAGAGUGCCAUAGUCCGGCAGUUCCUCUACAACGAGUUCAGCGAGGUCUGUGUGCCCACCACGGCCCGCCGCGUCUACCUGCCCGCCGUCGUCAUGAACGGCCACGUGCACGACCUGCAGAUCAUGGAUUUUCCGCCCAUCCCCGCCUUCCCCGUCAACACCCUGCAGGAGUGGGCAGACGUGUGUUGCAGGGGGCUCCGGAGCGUCCAUGCCUACAUCCUGGUCUAUGACAUCUGUUGCUUUGACAGCUUCGAGUACAUCAAAACCAUCCGCCAGCAGAUCCUGGAAACAAGGGUCAUCGGCACCUCGGAGACUCCCAUCAUCAUCGUGGGCAACAAGCGGGACCUGCAACGGGGCCGGGUGAUCCCGCGCUGGAACGUCUCCAACCUGGUGAAGAAGACGUGGAAGUGCGGCUACAUCGAGUGCUCGGCCAAGUACAACUGGCACAUCCUGCUGCUCUUCAGUGAGCUCCUGAAGAGCGUGGGCUGUGCCCGCUGCAAGCACGUCCACACCACCAUUCGCUUCCAGGGGGCCCUGCGCAGGAACCGAUGCACCAUCAUGUGAGCCCCCCGCGCCACUGUGCCCCCACAGGACACCCGUUUCCACUGGGGUGACGCUGCACUGGGGACACCUCAGUCGUCUCUUCCCUGUGAUGACUUCUGGGGAAGCAGUGACCGCUGUUGGGUUGGACCGGGCUGGGGAUGCCACAGCUGUCCAUUGAGUCCCAACGGGCUCUGCUUCUCUGCACAACAGAGCUGCUGGCGGGCAGCCACGCUGUCCCACAAACCUCAUGUCCCCACAUUAGGGUUUCUCACUGCAUCGCCUCCAUGGGCUCCUGCUGCUCUGUGCCCAUCCUGGGCAGUCCAGUUUGAUUCUCCUUCCCCAAAAGUGCUCUUUCCACUCCUACCAGCUUCCUUUCCUCCAAGCUCAUCCUCUCCCCAUAUGUCCCAGCCCCACAGAGGCUGUGCUGGACAUACCCUUGGUUUCAGGGGCAAAGCUGCUGCCGUGAAUGCUGGGCACAGCUCAGCAUCUCAAAUACAGAUCCAGGCUGGAUUUGGCCCCAGCAGGGCCUCCCAUAGGGGAAGGUGGCAUCCAUCCAUCCAUCCAUCCAUCCAUCCAUCCAUCCAUCCAUCCACCCAUCCACUCACCCAUCCAUCCAAAUGGAGAUGGUUCCCAUGCAAAGGCAGUCUCUGAAGCAAUAGGGAGCUGGACGUGCAUUUCCAUCCUUCUUUUCCUUCAUUCUAUGCACACUCCUAAUGGGAAAGUGAGCCUCUUUUUUCUUUUCUUUCUUUCUUUCUUACUUUAUUUAUUUAGAGUUAAUCUUUCGGCUUGCUCCCACUGUCGGGUCAUCUGCAUCUGUCCUGGAGCCUGGCACAGUGGUUGCUGGGGCAUAAAUGGCACAGGGAUCUGUGGGUUGUCCCUCUCUGGAUUGGGGACACUAAAGCAGGAACCAACCAAAACCCACUAUCUCCUCCCACUGACAGCUUUUACUUCCCAGGAGCUUCACUGCUAUCCUGGUAACACUUUCUAUUAAGAGUCCUCCUCACUGAGCUCCAAUCCUUGGCAUUCAGUGCAGCCCCGCAUCUCUGCCAUCGGCCCCCGCUCUAUCCCUGCCAUUGGUCCCCAUGUCCCCACCACUGGUUCCCACUCCUAACAGCCACCUUGGGAACCAAAACCCAUCCCCUUGCCUCCCAAAACAAAAUACAAAUAAACCAAAAUCAGGAAAGUUGGCAGGAGGGAGCCUGUGGCCAAGAGCUGGGGGAGAGGAUGAGUGUGGCCGAGGAAGGCAGCAGCUCCCAUCGCCCCCACAGCAAACCCUCUGUGCAUCUCCUUGGGGUUUGUCAGUGCACACGACCUAUAUUUCGGCCUUUCACUGGCUUUACCCCUCCAAAUGGUUUGAGAAGGAAACUCCUUGGUAAAUGCCACUAAUAAAGCAUUUAUACAGUGCUCCAACACACACAUAUCAGUGACCAAGCCAAUACAUUGUUUGUUACAACCCUGUAGCCUGCAGUUUAUAGCACAAUUAGUUACAGGUUUUUAUAGCAUCUAUUUAGUAUUUUGAA